AACGCUGUUUUCGUCUUCCCUUCCUUCUAGAAACUAAAAUAGAAAUCUAGAACCCUCUUUUCCCCUUCCAUUUCUUUCCAGAAUCUACUUCUUCAUCCAUAUAAAUCCGCGAUUCAAACUCUACUUCCUCAUCAUUAUCAUUCUGUUAUAAAACUACUACAUCUCAUUUCCAGUUCUUCAAUCGCUUUCUACAACAACAAUCGAAAUGGAAUUCAGUCUGAUGGGAUUAGACAUUCCGUUCCUCCGAAACCUCCACCACAUCCUCGAAUCCACCGAUGACAACACAACCGGCAACAAGUCCAACAACGGCGGUCCUUCUCGGGCUUACGUCCGCGACGCAAGGGCAAUGGCGGCAACCUCUGCUGACGUGAAGGAGUAUCCUAACUCCUACGUGUUUAUUGUGGAUAUGCCGGGGCUGAAGUCGGGAGAUAUAAAGGUGCAGGUGGAAGACGACAACGUUUUGGUUAUAAGCGGAGAGAGGAACCGAGAGGAAGAGAAGGAAGGAGUGAAGUAUGUGAGGAUGGAGAGGAGGAUUGGGAAGUUCAUGAGGAAGUUUGCAUUGCCAGAGAAUGCGAAUACGGAUAAGAUAUCGGCGGUUUGUCAGGACGGUGUGCUUACGGUGACUGUGGAGAAGCUGCCUCCGCCCGAGCCCAAGAAGCCGAAGACAAUCCAGGUGCAGGUGGCUUGAAGAAUGCGUAUGAAUAAUAAUGAAUCGGAUGUUUGAUCUGUAAUGGAAUGUUAUGGGGUUUAAAGAAUUUUAGUGGAUAUCUGGUUUGUUGUUUGGCUCUGUAUGCUACCAUAAUCGACGUGCUGUUUGUUUAUUUUGGGUUUAAAUUCAUGGAUAUUUGAUUUCA